AUGAAUAGAAUAAAACAAAUUGCAUCACAUUUGAAUCCAAUUACUAACACUCAACCCAGUGGUGAUAUUGGUCUUAUUGGUUUGGCCGUUAUGGGUCAAAAUUUAAUUUUGAAUGCUGCUGAUCACGGCUUCACUGUUGUUGCUUACAACAGAACUGUUUCAAAAGUUGAUCAUUUUAUUGAAAAUGAAGCUAAAGGUAAAUCAAUCAUUGGUGCUAAAUCUAUUCAAGAAUUGGUUGAUAAUUUAAAAAGACCAAGAAGAAUUAUCCUUUUGGUUAAAGCUGGUGCAGCUGUUGAUGCUUUUAUUGAACAAUUAUUACCAUAUUUAGAAAAAGAUGAUAUUAUUAUCGAUGGUGGUAAUUCUCAUUAUCCAGAUUCAAAUAGACGUUAUGAAGAAUUAAAAUCAAAAGGUAUUCAUUUCGUUGGUUCAGGUGUUUCUGGUGGUGAAGAAGGUGCUAGAUAUGGUCCUUCAUUAAUGCCAGGUGGUGCUGAAGAAGCUUGGCCUCAUAUUAAAGAUAUCUUCCAAUCUAUUGCUGCUAAAUCUGAUGGUGAACCAUGUUGUGAUUGGGUUGGUCCAGCUGGUGCAGGUCAUUAUGUUAAAAUGGUUCAUAAUGGUAUUGAAUAUGGUGAUAUGCAAUUGAUUUCUGAAGCUUAUGAUAUCUUGAAAAGAAUUGGUGGAUUCACAAAUAAAGAAAUUGGUGAUGUUUUCGCUCAAUGGAAUAAAGGUGUUUUGGAUUCAUUCUUAAUUGAAAUUACAAGAGAUAUCUUGUAUUAUAAUGAUCCUGCUGAUGGUACUCCAUUAUUGGAAAAAAUUUUAGAUUCUGCUGGUCAAAAAGGUACUGGUAAAUGGACUGCUAUUAAUGCUUUAGAUUUAGGUACUCCAGUUACUUUAAUUGGUGAAGCUGUUUUCGCUAGAUGUUUAUCUUCAAUUAAAGAUGAACGUGUUGCUGCUUCAAAAAUUUUACCAGGUCCUGAAAUUACUAAAGAUGCUGUUACUGAUAGAAAACAAUUUGUUGAUGAUUUAGAACAAGCUUUAUAUGCUUCUAAAAUCAUUUCUUAUGCUCAAGGUUUCAUGUUGAUUAGAGAAGCUGCUAAAGAAUAUGGUUGGAAAUUAAAUAACCCAGCUAUUGCUUUAAUGUGGAGAGGUGGUUGUAUUAUUAGAUCAGUUUUCUUAGCUGAAAUUACUGCUGCUUAUAGAGAAAACCCAGAUUUAGAAAACUUGUUAUUUAACAAAUUCUUCAGUGAUGCUAUUACUAAAGCUCAAUCAGGUUGGAGAUCAACUAUUGCUUUAACUACUAAAUAUGGUAUCCCAACUCCAGCUUUCUCAACUGCUUUAUCUUUCUAUGAUGGUUAUAGAUCAGCUAAAUUACCAGCUAAUUUAUUACAAGCUCAAAGAGAUUAUUUUGGUGCUCAUACUUUUAAAGUUUUACCAGAAUUUGCUUCUGAAACUUUACCAAAAGAUCAAUACAUCCAUAUUAACUGGACUGGUAGAGGUGGUGAUGUUUCUGCUACUACUUAUGAUGCUUAG